GCUUGCUAUUAGUAGCUUCUCGUACCUAUGAUUCUUCGUCCUCUGCAAUUAGUCGCAGGACUUGUUCUACUCGCCAGUUCAGCAGCAUCUAGAUAUAUUAAACGAGAUGCAGAAGAAAGCUCAGAUUCAGACGGAUGGACUCUAAGUACAACUACUCUUAACACCACUGCUUUCCAAAGUGAAGCCUACGUCGCAAAUGGCUAUAUUGGCGCCCGACUUCCUGUAGAAGGCGUUGGAUUGAAGGUGUACCCUGCCAUUAACUAUACCGCAAUGAACGGAACCCAAGGAUGGCCACUGUUCACAUUGAGACAAACCGCCUCCAUUGUUGCAGGUUUCUAUGACCAACAAGGGCCGACCAGAGGUACCAAUUUUGACCAAACCGGUGGCGAACAAGUCAUAUCCCUUCUACCAACUUGGACUUCUUUGUAUCUGACUGUCGCUCCUUCUGGAGCUGCGGAUAAUACGUCAUCUUCCAAGGAUUUGGCUACAUACCGUGUCGGGGUAGACGCUAGCCAGAUAAAGUCGUACAAGCAAUCCCUAUCCCUACGUAAUGGAAUAGUCGAGACGACCGUUACCUGGGCACCGUUCGACUCCAAUUCAGACAAAGAUACUUCCUCUAUUGAAUUGGUUUACACCGUUUUGGCCCAUCGCGAACGCCCUACUUUAGGCUUAGUUCGCCUGGAUGUCAGCGGUCUAAAGGAUGGUCAGCAAGUAAUUAUUACCGAUGUAUUGGAUGGCGCCGGAGCGCAAAGAGUCGAAAAGGAACAGGCGGGUAAACUUAAUGACGAUGAGCUGGAGUAUGGUAUAUACUCGGCUGUCAAUCCGUUGGGAAUAGAUAACGUCACCGCGUGGGAGAUCUCCACGCUAGAGUUUACUGACGGAAGCAAUAUUCAAGAAACGGAAGUCCCUCAAAGCAUCGACUUGGGAACCAAUAAGUCAACCGCUGCUCAAGCAUACUCAUUGACUGCGGAUGGCAGCGGAUGUAUCUCCGUGUUCAAGGCCGUAGGCAUCGCUUCAUCGGAUGCUUUCGCCGACGAAGAGAAAUCCACUGCUCUUACUACCGCCAAGGAAGCUAAGCAAAGCGGCUGGGAAAAACUGGUUUCUGAACACAAAGAUGCCUGGGAAACCCUUUGGAGCGAGGGAGGCGAGAUUGACAUUCUUGGUGCAAAGAAAUCAAAUGAAAAUAACCUAUUGGGAGAACUACAAACCACUGCGAGAUCUAGUCUCUUCCAUCUUCUCUCUAAUAUUCGAAAUGGUAACGAAGGAACAGGAUUAGGCGACAAUAGUAUCGCCCCUGCUGGACUUACAUCGGAUUCUUAUGCUGGAGGUAUCUUUUGGGAUGCUGAAACAUGGAUGUACCCUUCGUUACUGUCGCUCUUCCCUGACUACGCUAUGAGCAUCAACAACUACAGAAGCAAAAAUUUGGGUGCAGCUAUGGAGAAUGUCAAACAAUUUAACCGAUCUGGCUUAUUGUAUCCUUGGGUUUCAUUUAGAUAUGGAAACUGUACUGGAAUUGGACCUUGCUAUGAUUAUGAAUACCAUUUAAAUAACGAUAUUGCGCUUUCGCAAUGGCAGUAUUUCCUUGUGACUGAUAACAAGACCUGGUUGGAAGAGAAGGCUUAUCCCAUCAUGAAAGGGGUGUCUGAAUUUUGGGCCAGCCAAGUCAUUAAAAACUCCACCACAGGUACUUAUCAGACUCGCAAUGAAACUGAUCCCGACGAGUACGCGAAUUUCCAAGACAAUGCUGCCUUCACGGAUGCGGGUGUGGCGAUUACGCUUCGUAAUAGUAUUAAAGCAGCUUCGAUUCUUGGUAAAUCAAAGGAUGUUCCCGGCAACUGGAGCGAAAUAGCGAGUAACAUCGAUAUUUUAUACGAACCUGCAAGUGACGUUGUUCUUGAAUACGAAGGGUUCAAUGCCUCAACCCCUGUCAAGCAAGCGGACGUUGUAUUGUUGAUCUACCCACUGGAAUACAGUGUACGUGAUGCUACCGAGGAUCUUGCCUUCUACGCUGGUGCCAACAGCCCCAAAGGCCCAGGAAUGACUUACUCCAUCUUCAGCAUCGACUCCGCUCAGUUGUCAACCCAAGGCUGUGAGUCGUACACAUACUUAUUGCAGAGCAGCGAGCCCUAUGUUCGUGGCCCAUUCGCUCAGUUCUCUGAGCAGACAACGGAUAUCUAUGCUGACAACGGUGGCACCAAUCCUGCCUACACGUUCUUGACUGGCCACGGCGGAUACUUGCAAGUCUGGACUCACGGCUUCACUGGAUAUCGACCUCGUUAUGACUGCUUCUACUUGGAUCCUUCACUUCCUCCUCAAUUGGCCCCAGAUGGGUAUACUGCUAAAGGCAUGAAAUGGCAAGGCAGCGUUUUUGAUGUCACCAUCGCUGGAGAAGACACUACUAUUCAUCAUCGAUCUGGUGGCUCUGACGCUAAUGUGUGCAUCGGUGAUAGGAACAAGAAGAGCGGUAAUUAUUCACUUGGUGUAGGCGAUUCCCUUACUGUACCGACGUAUAGAAGCGAUCUUAAUGGUACUGUUGUUGCCGGAAACAAAGCACAAUGUCCAUCUGGCGUGUCCACAAAUGCAGCAAUUGAGCCUGGCCAAUAUGCUCUUGCAGCUGUUGACGGCUCCAAUGCUACGUACUGGCGUCCGGAUAGCAAGUCUGCAGCGUCGAUUGUCAUUGAUCUGGGUAAAAGCCAGACCAUCUCCGGCUUCCAUUUCAACUUCAACAAUAACCCCCCAACCAGUUAUACUGUGUAUGCUGGUAUAGCUAACACGACGCAGGGGUUGAAGCAGGUUGCCAAGGUCGACAAGGUCACAAUUACUGCUCCCUAUGACCCUGAAAAUGCCGAUCAAGUACAAGUGCGACUUGGUAAUGUCAGCGAUGUAUCACUCUCAAAGUCUAUCAAAGCACGUUAUGUACAGUUGGAAGUUGAAGGUACUCAGACGGAUGAUGGUACAAUGGCUGGAGCUACUGUUGCGGAGAUUGCCGUCAUCUAAGCGCUGUUAAUGAUCAUUAUGAAUACAGCUUGAUCCAUUUGGGCUAUACAUGAGUAACAUACUUGUUAUACCGUGUAUUUCCAUACAUCUGUUAUUUUAUAUCUAAACAAUCUGUAUGCUACUUUUAUUAUAUUAAACUACCGAAUAAAGACGAAACGAAGUGCAAAAGACGUUUUGAAAAAGCGAUAUAAUUCAUUUCUCGAUUAUGUUCCGCAGGUAAUAUGUAAAAUUGAUCGUCAGGGUAUAGAAAGAAAGGAUAUAUACACAGAUUUUUGUCCAUGAAAUUUUCAAAUUCGUAGAGAAUCUCGAAACGAACGAAGCUUAUGUCUUG